UCGAAAGAGGCCUAAAAAGCGCUUGGCAAUUUCGUUCUUGGGGAAAUAGCUUUCUCUUAUAAGUAAGAAUCUCUGCAACCAAAAUCCCAUAAACAACAAAAAGAAAAAGAAAAUAAUUCCAAAGAAACAAGAGAGAAAAUGAGUCGAGGAAGUGGAGGCGGAUACGAUCGCCAUAUCACCAUCUUCUCUCCCGAAGGUCGUCUCUUCCAAGUCGAGUAUGCGUUUAAGGCAGUGAAAGCAGCUGGGAUCACAUCGAUUGGUGUUCGAGGAAAAGAUUCAGUCUGUGUUGUUACUCAGAAGAAAGUUCCUGUCCGUACCCUCCUUCAAUUUAUUUAUGGGUUUUCCUUUUUGGGGUUAUUUAAAAGGUUUUGGCGAUCUGGGUGUUUAAGUUUUUUAAAUAAUGUAAUGCAGGACAAGCUUUUGGAUCAGAGUAGUAUCACUCAUCUUUUCCCUAUUACCAAGUUCCUGGGAUUGUUGGCUACUGGAAUGACAGCUGAUGCGAGGACCUUGGUCCAGCAAGCAAGGAAUGAAGCAGCCGAGUUUCGGUUCAGAUACGGAUAUGAGAUGCCUGUGGAUGUAUUGUCCAAAUGGAUUGCCGACAAAUCACAGGUUUACACUCAACAUGCCUAUAUGAGACCUCUUGGAGUUGUUGCUAUGGUUUUGGGUAUUGAUGAAGAGAAGGGACCCCAACUCUACAAGUGUGAUCCAGCAGGCCAUUUUUAUGGUCACAAGGCAACCAGUGCUGGAUCCAAAGAGCAAGAGGCAAUUAAUUUCUUGGAAAAGAAGAUGAAGAAUGACCCUGCUUUUACUUAUGAGGAAACAGUGCAGACUGCUAUUUCUGCUCUGCAAUCUGUUCUUCAAGAAGAUUUCAAGGCUACUGAGAUAGAGGUAGGAGUGGUGAAAGCUGAUAAUCCAGUUUUCAGAGUGUUGUUGACAGAGGAAAUAGAUGAACAUUUGACAGCUAUUAGCGAGCGCGACUAGUAAGCAUUAAAAGACCUUUCUGUUAUGAUUUGAAACAACAAACGUGUUUUACUUGACCAUCAUGUUUGAGUGGGAUUGGAAGAGGGCUUAGAGCUUACAAUUAUGUUUUGUAUUACUGCUUGAACCUUUAAAUACAUUCACGUUACUGGAUAAUUGUCCUAAUUUGUUGCAUGUCUGUCAA